AUGGCUUCGCAAUCGCUUCUUCAACAGUCUCUCGAAUCAUAUAAAACCACUAGCUCCGUCCAAGAUUUCCACAGGGGUGGAGAUGGUAUUGGACUCGCUUUAGUCAAGGCUGUCGCAGAGUUUGGCGGCCAUGUCGCGGUGAUCGGUCAGCGGGAGGUGCCCCAUCCACAGUUACAUGAGAUCCAAGACAUACACGAGGAGAUAAAAGUGAAAUAUUUCUGCGCCGAUGUUAGCCAGGAGUCGCUAUUAACAAAAGUAUUCGACCAAAUCUUGGCGGAUUUUGGAAGGAUUGACGGCGUGAUAGCUUGCGCUGGAGUCUGCGUCGAAAAACCAUUUGUCGAACAUACAUGGGAAGACGUGGUCCAACUACAGAUGGUAAACAGUGUUGGACUUUUCUUCACUGUACAGCUAGCCGUCAAGGCGAUGUUACAAAACCGGCCUGGGCAAGAUGAGCAUACGCCAAAGGGCAGUGUCAUUCUCAUCGGGAGCAUCGCGACGGAUAUCGGCUGCGAGAGCCAGGGACUAACAGCCUAUUCGGCAUCCAAGGGAGCAGCCAAGGGUCUACUUCACAGCCUAGCGGUCGAGCUGGCGCCGAAGGGAAUUCGAGUCAAUAUGAUCUCCCCGGGCCACACCAUUACCGACAUGUCAGUCAGUCAAUGGAAGACUCGCCCGGAGUUGGAGACUGUCAUGAAGAAUGCAGUGCCGAUGGGACGAAUGGCCGAACGCAGAGAUCUGAAAGGCGCCGCUGUCUAUUUCUUAUCAGAUGCGUCGCUGUAUACGACCGGUAGUAAUCUAAUUAUUAGCGGUGGCAUCCAUGCUGGAAGGCUCUAA